UUUCUGACGUACUGUCAUCAACAUAAGAUACUUGUGGCGAUAUUUCCUCCCCACAGUACUCACACGCUCCAGCCAGCCGACGUUGUCCUCUUCAAGCCGCUAUCGACAGCGUACUCACAGCAAUUGACACGGCAGACUCAGCGCUCCAAAGGCUUGUUGCCGGUGAAGAAAGGCAGCUUCUUCUCGUUAUUUUGGCCUGCUUGGCUGCAAUCGUUUACUAAAGACAACAUACUCAAAGCCUUCGAGGCAACAGGCCUUCAGCCGCUUAAUCGCGAUAAAGUACUCAAGCGCUUCCCCGAAGGAGCUGCCACUCCGUCCACCCCUCCGCCGCCCGAGGCAGGUACAACAGCACGCAAAAUAAUAAGGAAGUUGGACUCUGUUGUGGGCGAUAGGUACUCUAAUGAAGCGAGAGCUCUCUGCCACGAGGUACACCACCUCGCGAUUGAGAAUGAGCUGCUCAACGAUGACGUACAAGGCCUUACAGAGUCGCUUUUGAUUAAGAAGAAGCAGGAUAAGAAAAGCAAAGCGCUCACUUUGGUUAAGCUAUUGUUAGACUACUGGGGUGGCGCGAAGUGGUGGUCGCCUCGAUUGUUCAAGGAAGCCCGCCACAGAGAGCGGAUUAUGAAGGAGACCGCGCAUGCAGAGAAGCUUGAAAAGGCUAACGUCAAAGAGCUUAAAGCUGCUAAUAAGCUAUACAACGACAAGAUCAAAGAACAGAAGCGCGAGGCGGCUGCUGCGGCGAAGGAA